AUGUCUUCUGAGUCGUUAAUCCUUAUCGCCGGCGCGCUCUUCGCACUUUGCCACAACACCGUUUAUGUCCUGAUUCUGCCAAGGAGAGAAGAGUUUUCCUUUCUGCCAACGUAAAAGUGUGGCGAGAGCACACGGAGAUAAUGACGUCAAUUACCUGCUAACCGGAUUCAAAGAAAGAAUUUUUGUAUCGCUUGUUUGGCGCCGGGCCACCUUCCGACAUUGUACACGAACCUGUCACUUAGCGUUAGUGUCGACAACGAUUCGUCAAUGAACGAACUUCGGCCUGAAUGACAUUGGGAAAAUUGAAAAUGCGCUGGGGCGUAAGGCAAAUCAGCUUUUGUUCUCGAAUUUCGAGGUGCACCUCUCUUUUUUUGCCAUUUCUCACUCAGUUUAUCAUUUAAUCGGGUCUCAAGGUGAGUCCACCACCCGCUGGUUCAACCGUCGCCCACUUGCCAUCUCUCUCUCUUUUGACGUUUUUAUUACGGCACGCCGUCAAAGUGGAAAUAAGGACAAGAGAUAGAGCAGAAUUGCAUCAGUUAAUCUCCUGGAAUGAUGCACGUUUCCAACAUUCGACACAAACGCUCGUUAUCACGCCAGCAAUCAAUCGCAUUUCGCAGAUGUUUUUAUCGCUUCAGGGGGUACUGUAGACACGUACGUCCGUCAAUUCUCAUCGUGUUGGUAAACCAAAAAUAUUUUCAAUUUUAGUAAUAUUUCUAAGAGAACAACAGCUUUCACUUCAAUUAACAAAAUGAAGUCGAGAGACAUUCUUAUUCUGAGAAAAUAUUUGGAAAACUUUGGAACUGAAAAAAAAAGUUUAAAUCUAGGCCUCAAGGCAAUUUAAAUGGCUCUUAAAUGCGUAGCGGAAACAAAAUGAAAGAACCUUAAAUAGAUAGUUAUUUUCAAAAAAUAACGAAAAAACUAGCUCUUUCUGCCUUUUUCCAUUUUUUUCGAUGAAUUAUUAUAUUCCAACUUACUUGGCUUACUUAUAGGAAUUGUUUUUCAAGGUCAAAUUAGUGGAAAAACGAUUUUUCAAAAUUGAUGAUGCCUCCUAAACAUUCCUAUCUCAAAAUUUGAGAGCAAAUUGAGAUCAAUUUUUUGGCCAGGAUCUUUCUGAGUACUAAGCAAAAAUUUUCUCCACUGAUUGAAGUCUUGAAACAACAGAAAAUAUUGCCGAAACUUCCCAUUGCUUAAAUACUCUAUUUUUCUGGAAUUCAGUAAACAUGGAAUCACGAAAAAUCUCCCGCUAAAGUUUUAAAACUACCGUUUUUUCCUUUUUCCUAAAUUUUUGUGAAAACGAAUUUCUCUAAGUUAUAAUCCGAGUCGAUUGGAAAACCACAAUUAAUUUGAUUACUGUCGACGUUUUCUCUACUCUGCUCAGUUUCCAGACAACUGAGACUCUUAUCGGUCGGCUCAACACCACCGCAACUUGAUAGCGUAAAUGCAUUUGAUUAACAGCUACGAUCAUCAAUGCCAACUCAAAACGCGCCAUAAAACUGGCGGCGUCUCACUUUUACCGUGUCAUAAUAUUCCACAGAAAACGGCCAAUUUUAAUUGUGUAUAACUCGUUUUUUUUUCUUUCUCUCCAAUUUUCUUUUUGGCGUUGCAUUUGGCCCUCUCUCCGUCCCUCGCACUCCGCCCGCAAUUCAGCUUGCCUGCCGCUCUUGCCAACGCUCCGCCUCCUAGAAAGGUCUGCGUUCAGUGCACACUCAAUCCUCGGAUGUUAAGUGUAUUCUAGACGACGUUGUUCCGCUCGUUCCGUGUCUUUUCCAACUGUCAUUAGAUCUUUAGACACUUGAGGACUUAAUCGCUGGCUUGUAGGGUACCAAUCUCGCGAGCCGCCAUGGACGCUCCUACCACGUACAACCAAUGCAACGACAUCCUCCGAUCGUCUUGCGCCAAGCUUGUUCGUGCACAGAAGACUCGCAUUGUCGACGUCCGAAAGAGUAUUCAGGUCGUCAACAUCAUUCGCCAUACUCGUCUUGUUCAAGCGAGGUAAUUUUUUUGGAAUUACUCAAAAUUUCGGGUUUUAAAAUUGAAAGAUUUCAGAGUGAAAUAGAAUUUUCUUGUUAAUAUACACCAUUUAGCGGUAGUUCGGAAAAAAGUUCCAUACUCACAGGACGAUUUUUCUUCAAUUUGAUAUUACCUCGAUUCAAAGGUGGAUAAACUCUAACUUGAUAAAAUUUCGAAAAAGUAAUUACGAAUUAAUUUUUGAUGGACCUGAAAGUUUUUGUCUUAUUUGUCUAAAAUGAAUAGUAUUUUCCUGAAAUAAAACAAAAAACCUCAUUCCAGUACCCUCGAAAAUGCCUACGUGUGUUUAAAGCUGAUAUCCGUGAUUAGUUGUCCCCGAGACGCGGAAGCAACUGUUACUCUCUAUGAAAAAAAUGUUGUACUAUGGGAAAUCUCAGUCUGAAGCCGAAACUUGAAAUAUAUGAAGCAAUGCCAUGGAAAAUUUUUUCCGUAGCUUUACGAUUAUCUCGGUUCAGCCGCUCUUCUUCUGCAUUAGAUUGAUGGCCGAUAAUGCGAAACGUCGGCCAAGGCAACAAAGAAAAUGAAUCUGUUUCUGGAAAAAAACAAAAAAGGAAAUGCUGCUUCUGGGAAAAAAAAGCGAAAAUAUUUUGGAAGAGAGUCUUAGGGAGAGAAGAAGAGAGUUUGCACUCCAACGAGAAGGGAUAAAAAAAGUCGAGAUCUCCCAACAAGAAACACAUGUCCCCAGAGCAACUUUGCAAGUACGAGCCGCUGCACUUUUGAUACCCGCUAUCAAAUUCGCGACUUUUACACAAAUUUCGUUAAGAAACAACAGCUAAAUGUCGAUCAAAAGAUCAGGUCUCCAUGCUGUGUGACACUUUUACACUUUUGAAACGGAUUGAAGGAGAGAAAUUCAGUUUUCAUUACAGAUUUUGAAUGUAAUCAACAGCUUUUAAUAAAUUUUCAGAUUGUUACUAUCCAAGUUGAAGAGCAUUUUGAGAAAAAAAAUUGUUUCUUGACGAAAUUUUGAAAGAAGAGGGUAUAGUUCACUCAGUUGAAAAAAAUUAUAGUGUUAGAAAAAUUUUUUUGUGAAGACCUCUCAAACUUUGAUGGUUAUGAUAUAUUCAAAAAUCCGAAAAUGGAAAAAUCUUAAUAUUCAUUUAAAAUGCCGAGACAUUUUCCUGAUUUCCACAUUUUCCAACGGGAAAAAUUCGAAAUUUUCAACGUCCGAAAAAAAUGAACUUGUGUACUCGGUUUGAAAAACUCACCUGUCUGUGCCUCCAUUGCCCUCUGUUUACACAAAGAGAUGGAAGAGAAAUCGAUGCGCAGACAUCCGAGUCAUUCUGACGAUUGCGUCAAGCUAAGAAUACUGUAGCUUCAAAUGAUUGUUGGUUCAAGAAAAAAUGGGAGAAUAGCUUGGGGAGUAUGAUAAAAUAAAAUGAAAAGAUUGAUGACAAUAUGGCGCAUUGAAAAAGCGAAGAAAAAUGAGAUGAACUGAAAUUUUCAGCUUUGGGACAGCACAGACUACAGAAAAAGGAUAAAUAUGAAACUCAAACUAAUAGAUUCAUGAAGAUCUCAAAGUGUUAUUCUUGAUUUAUUGUGCUUCAAUACGUUCCAAAAUUCAACGGUUAAUCUUUCAGCAUGGAGGAGAAGCGAAGAAAGGAGGCCCAGAAGGCCGCCGCGGCCAACCCACGUCGCAGCCGUCGAACUCCAGAAAACGUGCUUCUGGAGCACACGGUGCUCGACACCGACGAAGACGACGGUCUCGCCACGCCACUCGACCUGAAAGAGCCGUUGAUUUUUGCUCGCGAAGUAACUGAAGAAGACGUCGUCGAACGUCUCGACCUGCGCUACGAAGAAAUGGCUCGUGAGGAACGUCGUCGUCGUGCCGCCAAUAGGAAUCGCAAGAGUCUGAAGAUUUCUGUUCUUGGAGCACGCCGCUCCGCUCUUCAGAUUCAAGUAGACUCUGAUCCGCUAACAUCAGCCCUUUUUUAUGUACCACUUUUCAAUUCCUGUUUUCAUUCCGAUUGCUACGGCUUUGGAGAAUAAUUGCCUAUUCCAAUUGCGCAACCUCAGAUUGCCACAAACUUUGCUUGCGUAGCAUAAUUAUGCUCUAGCUUUAAUAUUACUCACGUCUAUACACUAGUCAAAAACUUCAGAGCUACUUAACCAAAUGAGCAAUUGUUUGUACAAGACAUAAAAAUUCUUCAAAUGCAAAAAAUAAGGCAUCGAUUCGUUUUUCAGGAUUUUUGAAUAAAGCCAAAUACCACACUCAUGUAAUAACCUUCUCAUGUAUUUAUAAUCGGAUUGGCUUUAUCCCUUCUUUGAUUCAUAAGGUUACCUGAACCGGUUUCUGGAUUGAAUGCCACUUUCCGAAGGUUUUGAAACACCUGUUUGUAAGAACUCACUCGCCGCGUUUAUCACCGAUUACCUAUCACAGAAUGCAAUCCGUAGAAUUACCUCAACAAAACUCGUUCCAUUUUACUUCAUUGAUUUCCUUGCAUUUCACAUUCAUCGAGUGUUAUUUAUUUUUGAUUGCUUUUUCGGGUUGUUAGCCGGAUCAUGCACCAAUUGGAAAUAAACCUUGUUAAAAAAAGUUUUGUUAAUUUCGAGAGUUUUUGAAAAGUUCUAUGCUAGUAGUACAGGUUUCAGACAUCAAGGGGGAGAAGUACCGGGAUGAAAGUUGGAAAUUUCUCUGAACUUCUUCUGCUACAAGAGAAAUUCUGGAUGAUCUUCAGAAUCUUUUGAAAUUUUUUUGAAAUUUUUUUGAAGUGGUCUGAGAUUUCCCGAUCAAAUGUUUUCGAGUUUAUGAAGGUAGUCUUUUCAUUUUAUUUCAGUUUUUUUGGAUGAUUAGUGAUAAAAAAAUACUCAUGAACCUAUAUUUCACCCAUUUUUUUUGGAAAAAAAGACGCUUCGAAACAGAUUUCUAGACAUUUUUCGGCAAAAAUUUAAGGACGUCAUCGAAAUUUCAAAAAAAUAUUAAAAGUUAUUCAAGUGAUUCAUCCAUGAUCCCAUUUUUAUGCGAAUACAAAUUUCCGAAUUCAAAGAAAGUUUUUGUGAUUUUAGUAAAGGCAAAUUUCACUUGUGGCAUAAGAAGUGACAUUUCAAUUGAAGAAGAACCUAAUCUUGCAAUGUCAAUAGACUGAAUCUACCAAAUGGUAGCGAUAUUUCAAAAGUAGUGGGAUGGAACGGCCUUGCCAACGAGGCCGGCGGUCUUUGACAGCUCGCAACUCUCUUUGUUCCUUGUUCGCGGCCUCCUACAUCAUUGAAAUUACGGCUUUCAGGGCGACGGCUACUGUCCCUUCCUUCAAUAAAAUCUAUUUUUCCUUCUCGUUUCUACGUAGUUCAUCUUGAAAAACGGCUGUUACAAAAAAAAAAUAAUUGGCACUGUAGUUGUUCAAAAUCUUGUUGAGACAGAAAAUCUCAGAAAAAACAAAAUUUUUAUGAGCUGCGGAUCUUGAAAGAAAUCAAGGAAGAAACAAGAAAUUCAAAAGUAACAUAAAAAAAUUGGAAAAACUUCGACGUAAUUUUCGACUGUUUUGUAGGUUUUUUUACUGCAGAAAUCUUCUCGAAAAAAAUCUAUAUGACUAGUGAGUUUUUCUGUUCGUGUUUUUUCCAUUUCUUCAUUUCCAUAUCAAAGUUUUUGGAAAGUGAUGAUUGAAACAGAAAAAAACUGGAAAAAUCAAAGGGAUAAAAAAGGGUAGAAAAAGUUUGAUCAGAACAGCAAGUCGAUUUCUCAAUUUAUUACAAAGCAUCAAAAAAACAAUUUUUUAGAAUAUUAAUAACGAAAGAAUAAACUUUUUUCAAAUUUCAGAGCUUGGUAUAUUUUUCCGUGAUGUAGCCGCAAUUUGAGCCGAACUACAAAUCCCAGCUUCCAUGAAAAAAAAAAUUUACUUCAAAGUAGUUUGAAAUUUUUAAAAAAUCAAAAAUCUCCAGGAAGUUUCCGAUUCUUUAUUUUUACAAAUACUAAAUUUUAUCUCAUUUCUCUGCGAAAGGGAAGAUUUCAAAAGUUGAGAGCAAGUCGAAUGUAAAAAAUAUGCCCAAUACAAAUCAUGCUGACUCCAAUAAUCGCUUUUUUUCUCAUCAUAUGGCCUACUGGAAUAUAUCUUACUACUCUUCUCUGAGAAAAAAAAAGAGAUGCGCGAGAGAGGAGCUGCAGCGUGUUUCAAUAACGCCCAAUUGCUUUCAUUUACAGAAUUUGCAAAGAUCGAGCCGCCGAGAUUACUCUCCGAAAGCCUCCGAAACGGCAGACGAAGAGCAACAUCUUCAGCCGUCUGCUGAAUUCGAUUCUUUCUCCGAAAAAGUGCAAAGAAAGGGCAAAGCUCAGCAGAGCUCGGAAAGGCUCAUUGGAACUCAGCGGAAGAAACCACGGAGUUUCAAAAGUUUUUUGUUGGGAAAAAACCCCUUUUAAUUUUUUUAAAAACCACCGGGUUUAUGAAGUUGGAAUGAAGUAUUCUUAAAACCAUCUGGACCUAUAUUUUCUAGAAAUAUUUAGCUACGUUUUUUGGAAGAGUAUCAGCUCAAGCUGAAAAUAAGUCGAACCCAGGGAAUAUAAAAAAUGCAACGUUACGCAUGAAUCUCCUUUCGAAAAUGUGGUGCUGGAUCCUUUUAUGAAAAUUUUGUGGCGGUAAAACUGCUUGAUUAGAAAAAUCCAAACCACCAAUUUCUUCGUUUUCUCAUUUUCAUUUUUCAUUUCACUGUUUUUUUCCGGAAAAAGGUAGGUUUCAGUUUUCAAUCUCAAAACUCAAACUCAAAUUUUCACUUAACUAAAGCUGUUUUCAAAGGUUCGAAGCCUGCAAAAAAGGUAUCUUUUGAUUCCGACUGGUCCACUUUUCGAUCCUUGGGUCCUAAAGCGUCACAAAAAAAUUUUUCAGUUAUGUUUUCCGAAGUUGUGACCGAACAAGCGAAAGACCGAACUGAAAUUUUCAGUAAAAAUUCAAAACUUUCAUAAAUCAUCGGUUUAUAGUUGCAGUAACCUGAAUUUUUAAAAGUGAUAGACUGGAGCUUUUUGGUUCAGUGCCAGCCUAAAAGUUACAGAAAUUCAAAAGGCCUAUAGAAUUCAGUCUAUAGAAAGAAGACGUUCAUUAUUCAUUCUGCGAGGUAUGUUUUCAUAAACUGGAGGAUACCUUAAAUAUUCUAUCAUCCAUAUCCGUCAAAGUAAACCGCGGCUGUUGUUUUUUUAAUAGAAAUAUUGAGCUUCGAAGUUUCAAUUUUAAAAUUGCAGUAGAAAGGUAUAGUUUCUGAGGUAUUUGAGACGUUCUGGAAAAAGCAUAAAACGGGUUCUCUAAAUGAUUUUAGUCCUGCACAGCGAAGUUUUAUCCGAUUCUGUCUGCGCUUCCCUUGUCAGAGGGAUGUUACCUUCCUUGCUACGAAAAUAAGUUCCAUGGGAAUUUGCAAGGUCAAUAAAAAGAAACUUGACCAGUUCAACGGCUCCCCCACUUUCUCUACUGCGGAAACACUGCAAUAAAUUGGUAGAGAAGCCCGAUUCGAAGAAAGAAAAACAAGUUAGUGACCCUGUACUAGUAACAAUAACAGUGAAGAAGAAAUGCUUGUUUUGCGAUUCGCAGUUACGAAAAUCGUGAUGAGAAUACAGGCCGACCGGUGUGGGCACUGCGGCCAGCCGGUUCUCGCCGCGCUGCUCUCAAACACAACCGGUCUUUUUCCUCUCCCUGA